AUGGCUUCCAAUGAGUGCUCUCCGAUGUCCUCGCCGGAAAACACCUCCAACGACAGGGAGAAUAUUCUCGACGACGCCAUGACAGACGACACAAGCGAAUUCUUUUUUGAUGUCCAACCUCGUAUAAGCUUCACCGAGAACAACUCCGCCACCUACUUGUCAUCUGAAAACCCCUGCCUCGACUUCUUCUUCCACGUCGUACCGGACACUCCGCCGGAAGAUCUGAUCCGUCGGCUACAAGUGGCAUGGAAUCACAAUCCACUGACUACGCUAAAACUCGUAUGUAAUCUCAGAGCCGUACGCGGUAGUGGAAAAUCGGACAAAGAGAGCUUUUACACGGCGGCGCUCUGGCUCCAUAGCCACCACCCGAAGACCUUAGCUUCGAAUAUUCCGCUUCUGGUUCAGUUCGGUUACUUCAAGGACUUGUUAGAGAUCCUCUACAGGCUGAUCCAAGGUCCUGAAGUGCGUCGAAUUGCGAAAUCCGAGUGGAUUUCGAAGAAAUCGGUGAAAGGAAAAGGUGAAUCACGGAAGCGAUACUUCCUCUCGAAGAAAAAGAAGAAGAACAAGAACAAUGGCGACGAUGAGAUGAAAGCGAAAAGGGAAAAGGUCCCUCGAGAGCAACGGAUCGAAGCAAAUAGAGUACAGAUGAAGGCAGAGCAAGAGAGAGCAAAAGCAUCUAGGAAAGAAAAGCUAUCCGCCAUGGCUGAAAAAGCACAUAAUAGAUACAAUUCAGAUCCAGAUUACAAGCUCUUACACGAUCAGGUAUCGAGUUUCUUCGCUGAUCGUUUACAAUCUGAUAUUCAAUCGUUGAAUUCCGAUGAUUGUACCAAAAUCAGUUUAGCUGCAAAAUGGUGCCCUACGGUUGAUUCUUCAUAUGAUAACGCCACACUGAUUUGUGAAUCAAUUGCUAGAAUAAUUUACCCUAGAAAUUCUGAUCCUGAAUUCGAUGGUCUCGAUGACGCUAAUUACGUCUUCAAAAUCAAAAAUCGAUUCAGGAAACAAGUUCUCGUUCCUCUUCGCAACGCCUUAAAAUUACCUGAAGUUUACAUGAGCGCAAAGCAAUGGAGCUCCAUUACCUACGACAGAGUAGCUUCCAUAGCCAUGAAAAACUACACCGACAUAUUCUUACACCGAGACAAUGCACGCUUCCGUGAGUAUCUACAAAACGUGACCACCGGCGAUGCAAAGAUCGCCGCCGGAGCAUUACUCCCCCACGAAAUCAUCGGAUCUUUAAAUCGAGGUAGUGGAGCAGCCAUAGUAGCCGAGCUUCAAUGGAAGCGAAUGGUUGAUGAUUUAUCAAAGAAGGGUAAACUCACAAACUGCAUAGCAGUCUGUGACGUCUCCGGCAGCAUGUCAGGUACACCAAUGGAGGUCUCAGUGGCUCUCGGCUUAUUAGUGUCAGAAGUUUCCGCAGAACCAUGGAAGGGUCACGUCAUCACCUUCAGCGAGUUGCCGGAGCUCCACCGAAUCGAAGGUGGUAACCUCCGGUCAAAAACAGAGUUCAUUAGAAACAUGGCUGCCGGAUUCAACACCAAUUUUCAGAAAGUUUUUGACAGAAUGUUGGAAGUGGGUGUGAAAGGAAAGUUGGGGGAAGAUAAAAUGGUGGAAAGGGUGUUUGUUUUUAGCGAUAUGGAGUUCGAUCAGGCGUCCGAUGAUCCAUGGGAGACUGAUUAUGAAGCGAUAGAGAGGAAGUUUAAGAGUUGUGGGUAUGAGAAGGUGCCGGAGAUUGUGUUUUGGAAUCUUAGAGAUUCAUCGAGUACUCCGGUGACUGGUGGCCGGAAAGGGGUGGCGCUACUUAGUGGGUUUUCGAAGAAUUUGUUGACUUUGUUUCUCGAAGAAGGAGGGGUGAUUAAACCGGAGGAUGUAGCUGAUAAGAGUGAUGCGAAAGGAGGUGAUGGGGGUUUGAAUCCUGAGGAUAGGAUGGAAGCUGCUAUAUCUGGAGAAUUGUAUCAGAAACUGGUUGUGUGUGAUUGA